AUGUCUAGUGGAAUUAAUGCCGAAGGCAAUUUUAAUCAUAUGGCCAUCCCUGGACCUGAGGCAGACAGAGUAAUGCCCUUAUUCUCUCUGCAAGGGAGGACGGCCAUUGUGACUGGUGCAGGAUCAGGAAUCGGACUUGCUGUUGCGCAGUCAUUUGCAGAAGCUGGUGCGAAUGUUGCUAUAUGGUACAAUAGUAACAAUAUGGCUGUUGAGCGAGCAGCAGAGAUGGAGCGCGACUAUGGGGUGAAAUGCAGAGCCUACAAAGUCAAUACAACAUCGUAUGAAGAGGUACAGACGGCAACGGACGGUAUUGUCAAAGAAUUUGGAGGCCGCUUGGAUAUCUUCGUCGCCAACUCGGGCAUUCCUUGGACCCAAGGCCCUGCUCUCGAAGGAGAUGUCUCGCACUAUCACAACGUGGUCAAUAUCGACCUCGAUGGAACUUUCUAUUGUGCGCGAGCUGCUGGAAAACACUUCCGUCGCCAAGGACUGGAGGGCACGGAUGCAAACGGGAAAACACUGGAUCAAAGCUAUAGCUGCGGAUCUUUUAUUGCCACUGCAAGCAUCAGUGGCCAUAUAGUCAACAUCCCACAAUUGCAAGCGGCGUACAAUGCAGCAAAAGCUGGCGUGAUUCAGCUUUGCAAAUCUCUCGCUGUUGAAUGGGUUCAAUUUGCGAGAGUCAAUUCUGUAUCCCCUGGCUACAUCGCAACCGAGAUAUCCAACUUUAUUCCCCAAGAAAUGAGAAUUAUCUGGAAGAACAAAAUUCCCAUGGGUCGGGAGGCUCAUGCAACUGAACUAAAGGGAAUUUUCUUAUUUCUGGCUUCUGAUGCUUCGUCGUACAUGACUGGUGCCGACCUCGUUGUUGAUGGGGGAUAUACUCUAGUAUAG